CUCCUCAGGGACCAGGUACCGUCAGGGGCCCCUACACGUUUCCGCGCCCAUCAGACCGCAGACGGCCGAACUAGUUGUGGAACUUCUGCUUUUGGUACCUUUCACCUGGCGACGUCGAUGCGCACCGCAAUUACGCACGACUUUAAUGGACAAACUGCGUCACAGCACUUGUGCAGAUUAGUUAGCCUUUACUAGUUUUUGAAUUGGUGUCUUAAUUUUUGGUCUUGGGUUCGGACUUAGUUGUUGUUGUCAUUCUUGUCUGGAUAGAGGAAGCAUAAAAUAUCCGCCCGGUUCCUACAAUAGAUGUGUUUUUACGCGUCUGGUUAACACAGGUGUGAAGGCGCACCGCCGUUACUUUUACAGGUAGAACCGCAGGUGUCUGGUUCCACGGCACUGAGCCAGAGCUGUAAACAAAGAUAACAAAGAAGAAGGCCAGCAAGGAGAAAUCAAAAACAACAACUUAGUGACAAACAACCCAGGGUACGAGAAAAACAGAGAGGGAGGGAGUGACAGAAAAAAACGAGAGAGAGAGAGAGAAAGAGAGAGAGAUAGAGACACCCCCUGGAGACUAGCUAGGAGACCCGGCCCCCGGUCUGAGAGAAGGAGAGAGAGAGUAAGGGAGUGAGGGAGUGUUUUAAAGCCGGCAGGAGGCAUGAUGUCCUACAUUAAGCAACCCCAUUACGCCGUGAACGGGUUAACGCUGUCCGGCCCGGGCAUGGAUCUGCUCCACUCCGCCGCCGUUGGAUACCCCAGCACACCGCGUAAACAGCGUCGGGAGCGCACCACCUUCACGCGUGCACAGCUGGACAUCCUGGAAGCUCUGUUUGCCAAAACCCGCUACCCAGACAUCUUCAUGAGGGAGGAGGUGGCCCUCAAGAUCAACCUGCCCGAGUCUCGAGUCCAGGUGUGGUUCAAGAACCGCCGUGCCAAGUGCCGCCAGCAGCAGCAGCAGAGCACAGGCCAGUCCAAACCACGGCCCCCCAAAAAGAAGGCAUCCCCUGCUCGUGAGGCCAACGCAGAAGCCAGUGCCAACCCCACCAAUGGACCCUACAGCCCUCCACCCCCUCCUCCUGGCACCGCCAUCACCCCUAGCUCCAGCUCUGCUAGCGCCACGGUGUCCAUCUGGAGCCCAGCCUCCAUCUCCCCGCUGCCAGACCCCCUGUCUGCCUCCACCACCCCCUGCAUGCAGCGCACCACCACCUACCCCAUGACCUACACCCAGGCCCCAGCCUACAGCCAGAGCUAUGCAGGCUCCUCCUCUUACUUCACUGGUCUGGACUGUAGCUCCUACCUGUCCCCCAUGCACCCGCAGCUGUCGGGCACCGGAGGCGCUCUGAGCCCCAUCACAGCCUCCUCGAUGGGUGGGCCCCUCAGCCAGUCCCCUGCCUCGCUCUCCUCCCAGGGCUACACGGCCGCCUCGCUGGGCUUUGGAGCUGUCGACUGUCUAGACUACAAGGACCAAUCUGCCUGGAAGCUCAAUUUCAAUGCCACUGACUGUCUGGACUACAAAGACCAGAACUCCUGGAAGUUCCAGGUCUUGUAAAUAACAACAAGUGGGAGGUGGGGAGGGAAGGGGAUCGAGGAACAAGUGAGAAAUCCAAGUAGGGUGACUAACCCAAGUUUACUUUUUGUGUGUUUUAGAGGAAGGCAGAGACCUCGGGACACAGAAAUCAUUUAAUCAUAUCAGCCGAAGAAUAAAUCAGCUGAAAUAAUGUCUUCAUUUUUUCAAAACAAUAUGCGUGGAAGUGAACUGAUCUGUUGAGGUUUGGCCUGUAACAAAGAGAUAGCAGCAAUGUUUCAAAGUGAGGUAGAAAUCAGCCUUGAAAUCAAGGAAUGGCAAUAUCUGUACAAUAAAAUUAGUAAGAAAGAACAGAAAGAGCUUUAAUUGUCCAUCUCAGAGGAAUAGAGGGGCGAAAUUAUUGUUUUUUAAAUACAGUAUAACUAUAUUAAUGACAAGAGAAUUCAGAGUCAAUGUGCAUAAAGAAACACUGAAUGCAUCCUUUUGAUUUGAGACGCACUUUUGGUUUCUAGGCAUUUUGUCCUUCUGAUCUGUUUGAUAGAGCUGAACUCAGCUGAACUCAGAAACUGUCUGACUGGCCUUCACUGAGACCACAUUUGAAGCAGAGCUUAUUUUUUAAUUUGCCACAGCACAACAGUUCAGUGACCUACAAGUUUACUGCAUAGACAGCCUUCAAGCCGACGUGUUGAAGCACCAGAAAGAGCAAGAGCUCGUCUUUACUUCUCCCUCCCGUUCUUUGUCUUGUAUUUUCUGCGAUGCGUUUCUUUUAUGAAGCUGCUUUUUCAUCAGCCAGCACACUCGAAAUGUUUUUAGCCAAACUCAACUAACCCAAACAGACAUCAUAAGGAGUGUCUUUACAUGGUGGCCACUAAUCCAAUAACAUGUGAAAAAUAUUUAGCAGACAGAAGCUGAUGAUUCCCAGUAGCCUUGUGUGAUACUGACCCUCUGCAGCCUGUGUGUGAUACCAGCGGAGGGGGUAGAGUUGGUCACUGAAGUGACUGCAGUACAAACCUGUUGCCUUUGAGCAUGGUUGAAAUCAUUAGCAGAAUGGCUCGUACAUUGUUAGUUUAAUAGGAUCAUUUCCAGACCAUUUGGGCAACAAUGGUCUCAUUGUGGCUAUUGGCAGCCGAGUACUCCCCCCCGCCCCCACUCCAUCUCACGGUUUUUGCAUGAGGUUAGCGGAUCUUUGAAGCAGUUCUUGAAUCUACGAAUGGCUUUAUUAUAAACUUGUUAUCUGACAAACUGCUCCAGUGAGGUAUUUGACAGGAGAGAAGACUGCACCAGAGAAAGGGAAGGGACUGGGCCGCCAUGCGGCCCCCCUUUGCACAGAGAGUUUGGUGCCUCUCUCAACACCAGCCUGUAAAGAUGUGAUGGGUACCACUUUAUGUGUUUGAUGUAUCGUUUGAUUUUUUUUUUGUAUUAGAAUUAAACAAUAUUAUGUUUCUUUAAAAAAAAUUGUGAAUGCGUUGAAGUAAAAAUUGUGGUAAUUUGUUUUGAAGUUGAUAUUAUUAUCAGUAUUAUUACUAUCAUUAAUAUUAUGUCUUCAGCUGACAUGGACAUUGCUACUAUUCAUUUUUGUCGUUCUUUUGUAAAUAUUAAAACUUGAAAAUGCAAUCAUGUCUGGUAUCAGCAAUGAGUUGUUACGCAGGCGCUCCACCCAACAGAAUCUCUCUCUUAAUUUCUAGAAAACUGCCAACUUUUUAUUUUUUCUGUUUAUAUUUUUCUGGUUUCUGCUUCUUCUUCUUUUUUCAAACUCAGGGGUUUAUCCAGUAAAAGUAGCAGUAAUAGGAUACAAUGCUGUUCAUGCUUCUUAAUCAUUUACUGUACUUUUAUCUUUUGCUUUACUUUAAUCUUCUCUGCUUAUUUUUCUGACAUGAAUUAUUUUGUAUAUUUCAUUUGUCUCCUGUGUUCGACCAGUCUCACCACUACCAUGCUAGA